CCCUGAUUUACCUCAGCACAAUGAAAGGCUCACAAUUAUCAUCUUCGGCGAAAAGGAUUCAGAAGGAGCUAGCCGAGAUUAGCCUCGACCCGCCGUGCAAUUGCUCCGCUGGGCCUAAGGGUGACAACAUCUACGAGUGGGUUUCUACCAUUGUAGGCCCUUCAGGUUCUCCUUAUGCCGGGGGCGUUUUCUUCCUUGACAUUACCUUUCCACACGACUACCCGUUCAAGCCACCGAAGAUCGUCUUCCGCACUCGCAUCUACCAUUGCAACGUAAACAGCCAAGGGCAGAUCUGCCUGGACAUCCUCAAGGACCAGUGGAGCCCGGCGCUCACCAUCUCCAAGGUCCUGCUGUCCAUCUGCUCUCUCCUCACUGACUGUAACCCAAACGACCCGCUUGUGGGCAGCAUUGCGCAGCAGUACCUGACGGACCGCGAGGGGCACGACAAGACUGCGGCCGAGUGGACAAAGCGCUACGCGCAGGGCUAAACGAAGCUGUGGUAGCGCUCACAGCGGCCGUGGGGAAACCCAGGGGUAAUCUCAUGGGGAGUCUCCUUCUCACAUGUGGACAUGUACGGCCUGACUUCGCAUCCACGCAUCACACCUUGCAUGGUCAGCGGAAGGCCUUGAGGAGCAUGUAAGAUGGGGGAGGGUUGUGCGUGAUGUAUCUGCGGCCGCUGGGGUUUUUGCGCAGUGUUUUGAGAUGUGGCGUUGUGGGGCCUCCAGCUGGUCCCACAUUGGGGCCGCAUCUUGCUGUAUGUUGCAGGACGUGUGCGUUAGUCGGCAAAUCGACUGCAGGUCUGGGGGUUCGGGCAAGGCAGCAGUGGUGCAUGUGUUUUGACUGACUGACGCUAUAGCGUAGGUUAGCCUAGAAAUAACCGUAAAGUGGGUAGGUUAGGAUCUAGGUUAGCGGUGAAGUGCCUAUGGGUUAUGGGCCUCAUGGCCAUUUUUGACCAAAAGCCGAGUUUGUAGGACAUAUGCGGUUCCUUGCGUUGGCAACGUUGUAUUGACUUGCGCUGUUCACUCGUUUUGUACUUUGUACCUCUGGCCUGACAUUGCGCAGUAUGGCUAAGUGUCGUACGGCUUUCGCUUUUGUAUGAGAGAUGAGUUUUUCAGGAGGGAAACGGCUUGGGAAGUUCACUGUGGGCGCCAGUGCCCUUGCGCGACCCCCCAUGUGGCAAGGUCCGGUGUAGCUACCCUGUGGCUGGUGGGGCAUGCAGGUUGCGCUGGAAUUGGGGCUGGAGUUGACGUGUACGGCUGUCAAGUAACAGGGC